AUGUCAGCAGUUUUGUUUGCGCGCUUGGGCCGAUCGACUCUUCCAUCUAAAGCACAAUGGGUUGCAAGAACGAGCUAUCAACGAUUAGCAAGAGCUAGUACUGCAGCAGGUCGAGACGCACCAGCUACCGAGGACAACAGUAACAACAACGCAACAGCUGCAGCAACAGCACCAACCACACCUCCUCCACGCUCUUCGUCUUCCUCAGAGCCACCCAUCGACGAGUCAAAAGCCUUUGUUCAUUCAAUGCUCGAUGCUGCUUCGCCCAAUGGUUCAAAGGGUUCCUCUGAUUCUUCAAGAGGACGCAAGAUCUCUCGCAAAUCUAGACGAUCGUUUUCGGUUCUUCCGAAGUCAUUCCUCAACAGCAACUAUACACCUCAUUCAUCUAUCAAAGUACAAGCUUUACAUCCGAGCUAUGCCGAGUCAUUUACAGAGCAGCUAUGGCACGAGCUACGUUUCGCUGUACAAACAGGCCUUGCACCCAAGGGAGCACUUGCAUCAUCCAAUCAUGCCGACCAUCUAUUGCUCAACGUUCCCGGUCGAGGAGCCACUUACAUGCAAGACAAUAUCGCCAAGCGACUUGCAGCAGAUGUUGGAGCUGAUCUCAUCGUCUUUGACCCACAAGACUUUAUUGCAUUGGCACAAGCGAGUGAUAGCAAUGGCCAAAGCACAUUAUCAGCAUCACAACAAGGGUCGAUUGAUUCCAAAGGGCAGCCAUCCAUUGUUAUGUUUGUAGACAGGGAUCAGUCAAUCUUGGAUGAUAAAGCGAUCGUAGGAGACGAAUUUUCAACAGAAUUCAUCAGCAAAUUGCGAGAUAUGGGUUUCCCACCACUGCAAGAGUUAUAUAACCGUUUGGAGCAAAGAUUACAAGAAGCGGAGGAGGCUAAGGAUGCGACAACAACGUCAACAACAGAAGAGGAAACAACAACAACAACAACAACCAAGCCAUCCGAAGAGAUGUAUUCAAAAUUCAAUACCAUGUUCAAUCGCAUGCUGAUGACCGGUGACGACAAAAACCCAUCGUCACCCAAGAUUGUGUACCUUCGUGAUUAUGAGAGAAUGCGGGAUCAUUUGUCGCUCACCUUACGAGAAGCAUUGAUGGAUUCGGUGGAACAAUUGCGACAAAAAGGACAUCGAAUUAUUGCUCUUGCUGGAUAUUCACCCUCCUUGACAACAAAGUAUCAGAAUUACAAGAGAUCGCUUUCCGAGUUUGAUAUACCCCUCAUGCCUGGUAUGAAAUGUAUCAGUGUACCACCACCUAUGCAUGAUACGUUUCUUUUCCGAUCAUGGGAAACACAGCUAGAAGUGGAUGCAGCAAAGCGGAUUGGCGAGAUCAAUGCCCGGCAGAUUCUUAUGGCUCUCAAGCAAAAGGAUGUGAUUGGUAUCAAGGGCUUUCAGGGAUCUCAAACCAAGAUGGUAGCCGAGUUGUCAAAUCUUGAAGGAAUUCAAAAGUCGCUAUGGCAACCAGGGGAGAUUGAUCGUCAUGUGACCUGUGCUAUUGGCAACGCAUUAUCCAGUGGCAAGACGAUGGUGACGCUUGAUGACUUUGUGGUUGCAACCAACUUUGUACGGCAUAAUAUGGAUCAGCGGAAGCAAGUAAAGCGCCUCCUUGAUAAGCAGCGGAUAACGAUCGAUAUGGACAACAAUGAGCCACUCAACAUACAUCAGCUGCAAAAGUAUUGCGAUUCAUACGAGAGUCGUUUUCUCAGCCGCAUUGUCGAUCCAUACAAGGUGCAUGGUUCAUUUGCAGAUGUCAGAGUUCCACAAACGACCAUCGACACGCUUCAAAGUUUGAUCACUCUGCCGCUGGUUCGGCCAGAUGUGUUCCGCAAAGGAAUUCUCAAGGAUAACUUUAUAUCGGGUGUAUUACUCUUUGGUCCACCAGGAACAGGAAAGACCAUGUUAGCCAAGGCUGUUGCCAAGGAAAGUGGAAGUCGUAUGCUCGAAAUCCAAGCCAGUGACAUCUACGAAAUGUAUGUGGGUGAAGGAGAAAAGAACGUCAAGGCCCUUUUCUCACUUGCACGCAAGUUAUCACCCUGCGUCGUGUUCAUUGACGAAGUUGACAGCUUGUUGGGACGAAGACGAUCUGAUUCAUCAUCCAAUUCGCGUCGAGAGAUCAUCAAUCAAUUUAUGGUGGAAUGGGAUGGAUUAUCGAGUGACAAUCAAGGUGUGAUGGUGAUGGCAGCUACAAAUCGACCUUUUGAUCUUGAUGAUGCAGUGUUGCGACGUAUGCCACGGCGGAUAUUGGUUGACUUGCCGAAAGAGGAUGAUCGCAUGGAGAUUCUGAAGCUCCUGUUGCGUGACGAAGAGCAUGAGGUGUCAUUGGCGGAGCUGGCUCACGCAACGGAACACUACUCUGGCUCGGACUUGAAAAACUUGUGUGUAACGACUGCCCUGCGAGCUGUGCAGCAAGAAGUAUCAAGCAAAAAGAAGCGAAUCUUAACUCAAGCUCAUUUUGAUGAGGCGUUGAAACUCGUACGACCCAGUUCUGCAGAAGACAUGGAUUCAUUGGUUGAGAUCCGCAAGUGGGCCGCCAAAUACGGUGAUGGGGGUAGCGAACGCAAGAAGCAAGCUAUCGGAUUUUCUUAA